UACGAUAGUAGCAGCUGAUCUAUGGCACGGUAUGGAGCAGUCGUGUUCGUACCGCGUUUCGUAGUGUGUUCGUACCGGUGCGGUUGUGCGACAUUUCUGUUCGCCUCUCGGUUUCGUCGUAGUGAUUAUUGUGCACGGCACUCGUGACACAAGUGGCUGCCCUGAAUCUGGUAUACCGACCAAUUCCUCCGCUGACACGUUGCGAAACAGUGAAAGGCGAGGACGAGCAGGAGAGAACGACGAGACGAGAGAAGGACGAGCAAGGAGAAUCUGCCACAACGCGUUUACCAGGAAAAACUUGUAAACUGUAACUGAAGCCAAACGACUUUGCAUCAUCACUGGACUGUGGAUCUUUAUGUAAAGUGUUCGAUACCGAGUGGCGGAAAAAAGGGGAAGCCAUUGUGUACGGGGACGUGGAUUGUUUCUGCACCCCGGCGCUACGAAACAUACGGGACCUUGAUGUAGUGCAGCAUACAUAGAGGUACAAAAGUUCCACAAUAUCGAUGACACUAUCCUAAUUCUUUCACUACGAAGAUUCUCUUGGGUCUCGCAGUUCCUGGGAUUCGGAUUCCUACAAUCUGCAUUUAACGCAAAAAGAGCCAGUUUCCCAUCUCCAUGUUGUGCUAAUGAUGUUUCUUUUUCUACGUGCAAUGAGCUAAUGGCGUAAUCGGGAACACGAGGCCCUGAAACCUUGGCCUCGAGUAGCCCGCCGUGACCAUCGCACCGGCCGUGACAAUUGCAUCGGUGCUCACUAACGUGCCACCCAAAAUACGUCCGAGCACGUGCACGCGAGCAACGUGGUCGUCGUUCAAAACGACGACAUGUCGUUCUUGCUGAGCCGGGGCGGCCGAAAGGGGCCCAUCAUCUGUUUCGCCGGCCUUCUUCUGAUCUUCGCUCUUUACCAGCUAGGCAUCAUCUGUGGUUCCAUGAAGUACGUGCCUACGGCGAUGAUGGUCGCGAAAGAGAAAUACGUGGUGGGCCCAUUCGAUCACAAGAGGUACACGUACGAUCGCUACAUGCCGUUGAUUUUCAUCGGUGGCGUGCCGCGAUCUGGCACCACCCUGGUACGCGCCAUGCUCGAUGCACAUCCCGAUGUUAGAUGCGGACAAGAGACACGGGUGAUUCCGAGGAUCCUGCAGAUGAGGAUGCAUUGGUUAAAAUCUGAGAGGGAGAAUCUGCGUCUUUCGGAAGCGGGCAUUUCGAAAGAAGUAAUGGACAGUGCUAUAGCAGCGUUCUGUCUGGAGAUAAUAGCGAGACACGCGGAGCCAGCACCGCGGUUGUGCAACAAGGAUCCCCUCACUCUGAAGAUGGGCUCCUAUAUUCUCGAUCUCUUUCCAAAUGCCAAGUUUAUCUUCAUGAUCCGCGAUGGUCGUGCCACCGUGCAUUCCAUUAUCUCGAGAAAGGUGACUAUAACAGGAUUCGAUCUGUCUUCGUACCGACAAUCGUUGAUCAAGUGGAACCACGCAAUAUCUAUAAUGUACGGCCAGUGUAAAGAAAUUGGCUCGGACAAAUGCUUAAUGGUUCCGUACGAGCAACUGGUGCUACAUCCACGUCAAUGGAUGAAAAAGAUUCUAAACUUCCUAGACGUUCCUUGGAAUGAAUCUGUGAUGCAUCACGAGGAAUUCAUUAACAAGCCAGGCGGUGUGCCAUUGAGCAAGGUCGAGAGGUCGUCGGACCAGAUCAUAAAGCCGGUCAACCUGGAAGCACUGACCAAGUGGGUAGGCCACAUUCCGGAUGAUGUGGUCAGAGAGAUGCCUGACAUCGCCCCGAUGCUUUCUGUGCUCGGCUAUGAUCCUUAUGCUAAUCCGCCGGUGUACGGAGCACCGGAUAGACUGGUUAGCGAAAACACCAGACGGGUGCUAGCAAACGGCGAAGUAUGGGCAGCAAGGGCGCGCCAGUUCUCUCUGGAGAAGCUGAUCGAGCUGAGCAAAGAGGACGAGGCCACCAAUGCCCCAAACGCGUGACCUCGGAUACAUUUUUCCCUAGGCACGCGAAUCUUGAACUCGUACAAUUUCUGCAACGUCUAACGACGGUCUUGAGAGAGCCAGUUUGUAACGAAUACUAUCGAAAAAGUGCCAGAUGAGAGUGCGGACUUUUUCAUCCGAAGUUGUUUCUCCAAGUCGGAGCUAGGCUCGGUCGUUUUGUCAAGAAAAUAUAUUUGAGGACAGCGAAUUGUAAUCUGACGAGCGGAAGGGACGCAAUGAUCUGUCUAAUUUAAGAUUGACUCUCGAUUAUACGUAUAUGUUCAAUCUUGGCCCGUAGACACGGAGUUAUAGAUUGCUGUGCAAUUUUUUGAGAACGCGAUUGUUUUCUUUAUGCAAUAUAUGUUAACCGAUAGAUGUUUAUCUUCGAUUCCGACCGAACGUGUAAUAAUCUCGUCACUUUGCGUGAUUCUGUUCUUUUCGACGGAUUACACGAUUUUUCUAUAACGCGUGAUUCUUCAGAAUGGAAACUCACCGGAUCAAGCAAAAUGCAAACGAAAGUGCAAACAAAAUGCCAUGCUAGAGUUUUUAAUUGCUUCAGUUCUGUUUGUUCUUUUUUUACUGUCGUAAUCAACGUAUGAAUUUUGAUGAGUAUACGCUACAUUGAGUGAAACUGAUUCGGUAUAAUUUCGUCUUAUGGCCAGUCAGAAGAACCUAGGCUGUAGAACUUCUAUGUAAAAAAAUGUACAAGAUAAACGCGCUGAAUGCCGUGGGAAGAAAGCGAAAGUAUUGCAUCGAUGCGAACAGGAGAAUCUUUGUACGAUAUUUUAUAUUACGAUGCAAAUAAUUUUUAUAAUGUUCCACGUGGAACAGUACUUAUUUCUUAAUGAACCGUGAACGUUAGUUAAUCAACGGCGUAAAGGAAAUUCUUACGUUUCUUUCAUUUUCUAUAUUUAUACAUUGACGAAAAUUUGAGCUAAUGUGAACUGAUGAGAAAUUUUUCUUUCGUAUUGUAAAAUUGAUUGUAUUAUAUUAACAUGAUCGCAAAUCAACUAAUUACAAAUAUAAAGAUAUAUUUAUAUUGCUAACGAAACGUGGAAGCGUACCGGACUAACAAUUGCAGAACAGAAAUGAUGUCGAACAAACUAUUCCUUAAAUUUCUGAUUUUGUUAUUAUGAUGUGCAGCAAAUGUUACUGGAAGAGCUACUACGAUUGUAAGAGGAUCGAAUAAUGUUCUUGAUCAUUCUAUCACUUGACACAAAUGCAGCAACUUCGAUGUGGCAUUACGUUAUUCGUGUCAACCAUGUUACUGUCUAUCGAAUUAUACAAUUAAAUUAUUUUAAUAUUACAAAA